GUGUCGCGCGCAGACCGGAGACAAGACCCAUGGCAGCAAUCAUGACAGAGGCAGAGACCCGGCAGCGGCUGUUGCGCACCGUCAAGAAGGAGGUGAAACAGAUUAUGGAGGAAGCCGUUACCAGGAAAUUUGUUCACGAAGACAGCAGCCAUAUUGUGUCCUUUUGCGCUGCCGUGGAGGCAUGUGUUCUGCACGGAUUGAAGCGGCGAGCGGCGGGCUUCCUGCGUAGCAACAAGAUAGCGGCGCUCUUCAUGAAGGUGGGGAAGAGCUUCGCCCCGGCCGAGGAGCUGUGCAGGAAGGCCCAGGAGCUGGAGCAGAUCAUAGAGACCAAGCGCAGCCAAAGCCUGCAAAGUCAAGACAGCCUUCGCAAGAUGCCCCGGCUGCCCAUCCUCACGUCCCCGGGAGUGAAGAACCUCUGGAUCAGGACGGCUCUGUUUGAGAAGGUUCUGGACAAGAUCGUCCUCUACCUAGUGGAGAACAGCAGUAAAUACUACGAGAAAGAAGCAGUUCUUAUGGACCCGGUGGACGGGCCUAUCCUUGCAUCUUUAUUAGUUGGACCUUGCGCUCUGGAGUACACCAAGAUGAAGACGGCGGACCACUUUUGGACGGACCCGUCGGCAGAUGAGUUGGUGCAGAGGCACCGCAUCCACAGUGCCCACUGCAGGCUGGAUUCUCCCACCAAACGGCCGGCGCUGUGUAUCCAGAAGCGGCACUCCAGCAGCAGCAUGGAUGAACGGCCGUCUCCCUCGUCAUCCGCCCGCGAAUAUGUGGAGUCGCUUCACCAAAACAACAGGGCAACGCUUCUGUUUGGAAAGAACAAUGUGCUCGUACAACCGAGGGACGACAUGGAGGCUAUUCCGGGCUACCUCUCUCUGCACCAGACCGCCGACCUCAUGACGCUGAAGUGGACCCCCAAUCAGCUCAUGAACGGCUCGGUCGGAGACCUGGACUAUGAACGCAGUGUGUAUUGGGACUAUGCCAUGACAAUCCCUCUCGAGGAGAUAGUUUAUUUGCACUGUCAUCAGCAAGUGGACAGUGGGGGUACAGUGGUGCUUGUCAGUCAGGAUGGGAUCCAAAGGCCUCCGCUCCGCUUUCCCAAAGGAGGCCAUCUGCUCCAGUUCCUCUCCUGCCUGGAGAAUGGCCUUCUUCCUCACGGCCAGCUGGAUCCUCCGCUCUGGUCUCAGAGGGGAAAGGGCAAAGUGUUUCCUAAGCUGCGGAAGAGGGUUCCUCAGGGAUCUGGCUCCUCAGACUCGGUCUCGGAUAAGGAGGAGGACGAGGCCACAGACUAUGUCUUCCGCAUCCUCUUCCCAAACAGCCAGUCAGAGUUUGUGACUCCUCCAGAUCUGAUGGAUCAGGGAGCUACCAUGUGGCAUACCACUCUCAGGAAGUCGUCGUGUUCCUCCUGCUCUCAGGGGAGCUUCUCCGAUGGUGCACCUCCAAAAGGAUGCAACCAUGAGAGAACUCCUCUGAAGAUGCUGUGUGACAACAUGAAGAAUCAGAUCAUCUCAAGGGCGUUUUAUGGCUGGUUGGCGUACUGCCGUCACCUGUCGACCGUGCGCACACACCUCUCGGCUCUCGUCAAUCACACCAUUGUGGCGCCCGACGUGCCCUGCGACGCCUACAAAGGGCUCACCACCGACGUGUGGCAGACGUUCCUACAAGACUGCACUACCUAUAAAGAGCCGGAGCUUCUGCGGCUGGUGUAUUUCGGCGGCGUGGACCCCUCCCUGCGUAAAGAAGUCUGGCCCUUCCUGUUGGGUCAUUACCAGUUCGGAAUGUCAGAGGCUGAGAGGAAACAGGUGGACGAUCAGGUCCGGCUGCACUACCAGCAAACCAUGCACGAGUGGCUCAGCUGUGAGGAGAUUGUCCGCCAGCGCGAGAAAGAGCAGCACGCCGCGGCUUUGGCGAAGUGCUCGUCUGUGGCGAGCAUGGACGGCCCCGGUCAGAAGAUGACCCAUCACGAUUCCACUGUGAGCAAUGAGUCUCAGUCCUCCCAGAGCUCAGACAGGCAGAGUCUGGUUCGCCUGCAGAGUGAUUCCAGCAGCAGCACACAGUUCUUCACGUCCUCCCAUCCCUUCCCCUGGAGUAGUCUGCUUCCCUUUGGCUUGUUCUUUCAGGUGUUUGAGUCUGUAGAGGAGGUGGACCAGAUUGAGACUGAGCCGAAGACCGAGGAGGCCAAACAGGCCCCGAAGCUGCAGAACGGAGCCGUGCAGAACGGGACCAGCUCUCCCGACUCCGGACAUCCUUCCUCGCGCAACUUCUCCGUCACCUCGGGCCUGUCGGACGGCUCCUUCAGCACAGAGGACAGCGCCGCUGCCGAGGCAGCCCCGAGAUCUGCCGCCGUCCUUCAGGCAUCAGGGAAACCUGCGGGUGGAGAGAGCGAUGAUCUGACAGAGGACACGGAGAAGCCGUUGAAAGGUGAAGAGAAAGAAGGAGCGGGGGAGAACGCAGCUAAUGUGGCCAAGACUGCAGGAAGCCCGACCGCAGAGGUGGCAGACGACGGCAAGGACAUAAAAGAGGCAGAAGUGGCGCCUGGAGCACAGGAACGUGCUGCAGAGUCAGAAUCUAUUCACACUGAGAAGAUCAAGUCUGAAGAUAAAAAUCUGGAUACCAUUAUGAAAGAAGAUAAAUCUGUGGAAUCGUCAGAAGCAGGGACAGAUGUGUCUGGUGAGGAUACAAUCGCAGCAGCAGAACUCAGUGAGCCAAGUCUUAAGAAAGAAAUUGGUAAUGAGGAAGCUUCAAAGCUUGUAGAAAAAAGCAUGGAUGAGAUGAAAAGACUGCAUCAUUCAGAGAAAAGUCUGGAGGUUUUAUUGAGAGAGAGGAGGGACGAAUUAUUCAAAGAUCCUGACACUCAUGAAGGGACAAACGUCCCUGCUCCCUCGGCAGAAACUGGAGAAACCUGCUGCGUCUCUCAGAAAGACGAGGUGCAGGUCCUGACCGAGUCGGACGAGUCUCCCUCCGCCAUAGAGAUGGAGGAGAUCCCCAAAGCCAAAGUUUCCAUGGUGCCUUUAAGCAGGAAGGAGCACUGCGAAGCCUCGUCUUCCUCGGAGGAGUCGGGCCCUCGUGCUGAGCGCAGACAGGAGGAGGAGGAGCAGCGGGGAAAGCUCAGUCCUGGGGCCACCGAGGAGAACCAGGCGGGGAGUCUUUAUCCUCCCCUUGACUCCCCGGCUUCAUCUGAAAGCAGAAAGAACAAGGUGGCCUCUGAAGAAUCGACUGGGAGUGCUUUCACUCAAGAAUGCUUGGACUCGUAUACAUUAAACCUGCAUCGGAUUGAGAAGGACGUCCAGCGAUGUGACAGAAACUACUGGUACUUCACUCCCGCAAACUUGGAGAAACUGCGCAACGUAAUGUGCAGCUAUAUCUGGAGGCAUCUUGACAUCGGCUACGUACAGGGAAUGUGUGACCUGCUGGCUCCGCUCCUAGUUAUUCUAGAUGACGAGGCGAUGGCUUUCAGCUGCUUCACUGAACUCAUGAAGAGAAUGAAUCAAAACUUUCCACACGGAGGAGCUAUGGAUACUCACUUUGCAAACAUGCGCUCUCUAAUCCAGAUUCUGGACUCUGAGAUGUUCGAGCUCAUGCACCAGAAUGGAGACUACACCCACUUCUACUUCUGCUACCGCUGGUUUCUUCUUGACUUCAAGCGAGAGUUGGUGUACGAUGACGUGUUUGCGGUCUGGGAAACCAUCUGGGCGGCCAAGUACGCCUCCUCCAGCCACUUCGUCCUGUUCAUCGCCCUGUCGCUGGUGGAGAUGUACAGGGACAUCAUCCUGGAGAACAACAUGGACUUCACAGACAUCAUCAAGUUCUUUAAUGAAAUGGCCGAGCACCACAACAUCAAGCAGAUUCUAUCCCUGGCCAGAGAUCUGGUGUGCAAGGUGCAGAUGCUGAUAGAGAACAAGUGAUUGCACCGUUUUGUCUUCUUUUGCUUCCAAGUACAGUGCGAACGGCGGCGGCAGCACAAGAGAAAAACAUAUGAGAUACAUGCACAGAGAUACAGGAAGCCUUUCUAAUCGCAGUCUGCUGCUAUGAGCCUUAUCCACCAUGUUUCCAUGUUGUCAACACGUGAAAGAGAAUAGAUGCUCAAUAUUUGUCAGUAUAUUUCAGUAAAAGCUAGUGUAAUUCAGAAAAUGUUCUUCUAAGUUUAUAGAUAUUUUUCUCAGAAAUCCCUCAAGUGUCAAUCUUAAUCCGAGUGCACUUAAUAUUUUGAGAUAAGAUAGUUUUAAUUGCACAUUUCAAACCAAAACACAGAUAAAUUCAACCUAUAGAGAUGACUGUAUAUUUAUGAGAAAAUGCAUUGUGAUAAUAGUUUAUAGUAAUUAUUUUAAUAGACAAAGUCUACAAUAUAUAUCAGUAAAAUAUCCACUUAUUCUUUUCCCUUAAUGAUGAAAUGAUUGUCCUCAGAUUUUUAACGUUCCUCACACUCGACACUCAGAUAUCAAAUUGAUUUCUGCCGACUGACUCAGAGACUGGCUUGUUACAAAGUUACAAACUGUAACUCGAGCUCCGGUUCAGUUCCACACAAAGCAUUCAGAAUAAUUUAGCCUUUCGCCAUCGAUUUAGCCUCCUCCAGUGUUUUCAGUGUCUUGAACUGCCUUGUCUGCCAAAUAGUAUGUCUUGAUUUGUUAUAUGUGCGAAAUGUGUUUAAAUUAGGAAAAUCAAAUUAUAACCGAAUACUCAAGUGAAUAAUGAACAUCUGGGCUUCGUUUGAUAAUCCUUGUAAGUUAAUUUUUAUUAUUCAGCUAACCGCCGUGUAUUUUGUAAAGCGUGCCGUUUAGCCACUUUGAUUUUUUUUUUUUGUAUGGUCCUGUAUUGUCCAGUGCCUGUCAGUUUAAUGAAAUGCUAAUUUGAUCUUGAAUAUGAUUAUAUACAAAGGGGGAGUGCAGAUAAGGCAGUGAUUAUAUUUAUUCACAGGGACCAAAUGAAAACUUGAGUUGUUCAUUUCUAUUCUUUAAAGCGAGAGAU